AUGAAGACGGAUACCUCCGACCCGGCAAAGCUGCAGGCCAGAAUUAAGGAGUUGGAAGCCCAAGUGAAGGAGCUCGAGAAGGGCCGCAUGAGCUUCGAGCCAGGCAUGCUCGCUCUCUCGCGCAUGUCAACCUACGAUGCACGCAUGUCACAGCGGAAGAGCGCUGUCGAUGGCGUCCCACAUGUGGGCACUACGUCCACCAACGCCGCCUGUAUGUCCCUGAUCACCACGAUGGUCGGCUCGGGCGUGCUCGGCUUCCCGGCCCUCUUUGCCAAGGGGGGCUGGUGUAUCACGGGCCCGCUGCUGUUCAUUAACGGACUCGCUGGCCACCUCUCGCUGCUCGAUAUGUCGUGGUACGAGGACAUGGCGGAAGUUCCCUUUGGCAAACCCGGCAUCUACUUCGCCUCCUUCAUGGUCAACUCGUUCCUCCUCUUCCUCUCUGGCGCCUACCUCAUCCUCAUUGGCUCGAGCCUGGAGUUUGUCACCAACGCCUGGCUGCCAUACCGCCAUUGGGUGCUCGUCCUCUCGGUCCUAUUCUUGCCACUGGUGCUGCUUGACGAUAUGACGGCGAUCGCGCGCCUCGCGGGCGUCGGCGUCGCCGCCUCGAUCAUGUACGUACUCACGAUUUCGCAGGCCGGCAUCAUGAACGGGAUUGCGGGCAUGGGGGAGGGGGCGACCAACCCACCCGAGUACAAGCUUUUUCCCGAAGAGAACCUCAUGUUCCAGGCGCGAGGAAUAGCCGAGAAGGCAACCCCCCCCACGAAGGACCUCACUGUGGGCAUGAUCAUCUCGGUGCUGCUGCUCGGCUUCUCGUGCCAGAUGGUGGUGCCGGCGGUGCGCUCGGAGAUGGAGUUCAAGGAGGAGCUGCCAAAGGCGACCACCGGCGCGAUGGUGGUAGUGAUGACUGUCUAUGGGCUUGCGGGCAUCACUGGCUACUUUGGAUUCGGCAACGCCGUCGAGGGUAACGUGCAGGUGAGCAUGCUCGACCCAGAGACUGGCACCAUGCUCCUCGCGGGGGCGCUGCUGGCGUGCUCGGUGGUCGCCAACCUAACCGUCACCUACCCAAUCGUGAUGCACUGCGUCAACCGCGCGUGUGAGGCGGCCAUGAAGACGGGCUACUCGCUGCCUGUCCGGCUGUGCCUCUUUGCCUUCACCGUCUUCGGCGCGCUCGUCUGCCCUUACUUUCUGGAGAUGUUGGGCAUUCUCGGCUCCUUCAACGGCGUAUUCGCCGGCAUCGGCAUCCCGCUCGCGUGCAAGUGGAAGCUGUAUAGCGAAGACGGCAUCCCAAAGGAGAUCAACCGGUGCUACCUCUUCAUCCGUGACGGCAUGAUCACCGCGCUCUCGCUGAUUGCCCUCUUCCUCGGCUCGUACCAGGCCGUCAGCGACAUGUCCGCGGCUUUCGCCAGCGGUGGGGGCAACCCGUUCGCCACGUUCAAUGACCCGAUGUCGCCGCCGAGGGAGCCGAACCCUCUGUCCGAGAGAGCACUCAUCUUCUGA